AUGUCGUCCGCCAACAAAGAAUACCAGCAUUUCAUUCCCCAGUUUCUUCUCAGGAACUACUCACAUCACUUUGUUUGCCCACAAGCCAAAGGCCCUUCAAAGAAAUGCAAGAAACACAAGCACGAGAAGGGCAAGUACCCAGGCGAUCCCGUCGUCAACAACCUCUGCCUGACGUCCGAGCCCUACACACUGGAGGAGACGCCAGUGGCCCGCGUGUUUGGGCAGCUGGACAUGUACGAGGACAUGACGACGUCACCAGUCAAGAAGCAUCGUCGCAUCGAGGAGAUGCUUGGAAAGACGGAGUUUGAUGCUAGCAAGAUCUUUCGCAGGAUCACUAUGGCCUAUGGAAAGGGGCAGCCAGAUAUAUGGCUGUCGCGGACCGAACGAAAUCUUCUGCGCAAGUUUCUCUUCUUACUCAAGUACCGCGGCUCAGGCUUCCGUCGAAGGUUUUAUCAUGGGGAUCCAGAGAGCUACAAUUCCAACGACAAGGAGCUACUUCAAGACUACAUGGAGAAGCAUGGGUUCGAGAGCCCUCUGGACGUCUGGUUCCACAAUCUCGAGACCAUCAUGACGCUUGAGAUGGACGAAGAGAUGAAGUGGGCAGGUGAAAUCAAGAAGCGCAUGUUUCACAAUGAUGCGAUGUGGUUCAUGGCGCAUGUCCAGUGCAGCUACAUGGCCAUCUGCACCCCCGCCAACCCAGAUGAAGAGUUCAUACUCUCGGACAACAGCUACAACGUCUUCGAGGGCCCCAGCACCUUUAUUGAGGAUGAAGAAACGGGCGAGCGGACUGGUUCCUUUCACGCCGCCUUCCAUGAGUUUGCGCCCAUCUCUCCACGCCUGAUGUUGGUGCUGCGCUCGCAUGCGCUCCCAGUGCCCGAGGAGGACAAAAUACCGAGCGUACGGGAACAGCGCGAUGAUAUGCGAAGGCAGUGCUUCGACAACAUCUACGGAGCUGACGUAAAUUCCAUGCUGCGCGAUCUGCCUGUCAAAAAAGCGACAAACAGCUACAGCGAGAUUAUCAACAGGGUCUCGGUACUCAAGCCCGGUCACAGCCCGAGGCAGAGCAAGGACGACCGCUUCUGCUUCAAGUUCUUCCCGAUCGAGACUGUACACGUCCGAAAGAUCAAUGGCAUUUUCCUAGACAACUGCUACAUGUGCUCUAGCAUCGCGUUUGGAUCGCAGGAUGCCUUUCUCAAGACGUUGGACUGGUGGCUGACUGAACCUUGCACCACCGGCAAGAUUGUCCUAGGUGAGUACGAGCAUGUUCAUCUCAAGUAUCUCAAGAACUUGGAGGCUUUUAUGAAGUCGAGGGGAUGGGGUAAGGAGCUUGUAUAUGACCCGCAACCGACCCCACAGGUACGGGACAUCGAGAGUUACCGACUUCGGGAGAUCGAGUUCCAUCGACGCAUGGAGCGUAUGGGACAGCAUCCAGAGCUCUUCAAGGGUCCUUUCCAGGAAAAAAUGAAGCCGUACGAAGAGUUAGGCGGGUCGUGGACGACGUUAUUCUACGACCUGCACCAGUCUAGCCUCAUGCUCAAGUUGCGCAUCAAGAUUGAUUCUUGGAGCCAGGGAGUCGACGAGGCCAUCAGAAGACGGAACCGGACCUUGCUGGUGGAAGAGUAUAUGAAUCUGCCGUGCCGCAGAUUCUGGCUGUAUCUGAGGCAGUGCCGGUUGAUGGUCUUGACCGAUGGAAAGCCUGGAUUGAUUGAGGACGCAUUGAACGCUUUACAGGGCGGUAUGGAGGAUAAGCUCACCUAUCUUUAUGAUUCCCUGCCAUCAGUGGUCGUGAAUCGCUACAUGUACGAGGCCUCUAUGAUGGAUAAGGUCGGGGAGGCGAGCUUCAUGCGACAAUAUUUGAGAUUUUUACUGGAGCGAGGACGACCAGAGUAA